GCUAACUUAGUCGAAGUGCCCAGCCAAGAUCCAACUAAUGUUCUUCAAUAUAUAUAUAUAAAUUCUCACGACUUGGGAACUUGACUUCUUUUUUUUUUUUUUUUUUUUUAACACUCUCCAGCGCAACUCUAGAAACUCUGGUCUUCUUCUGCUUCAACAUUUUCAGAAUCUGAGGAGCAGAUCUUCAUUUUUCAUAAUUUUUAGGAGAAGAAACGAAAUGGCGAAUCAAGAGCAUUUGGACAAGUUGCAGCUCCGACAGAACUAUCGUAACCUAUGGCACACCGAUCUGAUGCGCACUAUGCAAAAUGAUCCUCCGUAUUGUUGCUUGGCGUUUUGGUGUGGACCCUGUGUAUCAUACAUGCUCCGCAAACGAGCACUUUACAAUGACAUGUCCAGGUAUGUCUGCUGUGCUGGUUAUAUGCCCUGCAGUGGGAGGUGUGGAGAAAGUCGUUGCCCAGAAUUUUGCCUUGCCACAGAGGUUUUCUUGUGCUUUGGGAAUUCAGUUGCCUCGACCCGAUUUUUGUUGCAAGAUGAAUUCAACAUACAGACAACACAAUGCGACAAUUGCAUCAUUGGUUUCAUGUUCUGCCUCCAACAAGUUGCUUGCAUUUUUUCCAUUGUCGCAAUGAUUGUCGGAAGUGAAGAAAUUUCAGAGGCUUCUCAGAUUCUAUCUUGCUUAGCUGACAUGGUCUAUUGCACGGUCUGUGCUUGUAUGCAGACACAACACAAGAUCGAAAUGGACAAACGGGAUGGUAAGUUUGGCCAACAACCAAUGGCAGUGCCUCCACCCCAGCAAAUGUCACGCCUCGAUCAGCAGUAUCCUCCCACUGUUGGAUAUCCUCCACCUGCGUACGGGCAAUCUUAUUAUCCACCACCUUCACAGGCUCCAGGUUAUUAUCCGCAUCAAGCUUCUUCUGGCUAUCCCCCUGCCGGCUACCCCCCUCCUGGUUACCCACAGAGGUGAUCUUUCUUGAGUUUGAUGUGAAAAUUGCUCUAGUGUGCACCAUUUAAUAGUUGUCACCGUCGUUUAUCCUAUCUUUAGAUUGUGCGUACAUGAUGAGCGGUGUGAUACAAUUUCAAUUUUCAGACCUAUUGUUUAGUGCAAAUAUGGCGCUUCUAUGUGAGAUUUUUCGUUUUCUUUAGCAUUUAUAAACCUAAGAUUUCUGUUUAAGGUACAGUUUUUGAGGACAUUUUAUUUUUUGUUUCUUUCCUGCAUAAA